AUGAGCUUUGGAAGGCUUCCGUUAGAAGUACAACAAAUUCAGAGCAGCAGUCCUCUUCUGGAUAUAUACACUCACGCCCCAGAAGUCUUAAAAUCACGACCACUUUUACAGCACAAGACGUUAGAACUUCCCCAUGGCCACCCAAGCCCAAAGAGAUGGAUAAGUCCAGGAGGAUGGGGGGCGAGACACAUAAAUGACAAUGCUCCAUUUAGUCUUUGGGAUGCGACUACGAGGACAUAUCGCAUGCCCUCGCAAGAAGAGCUCAAGUGGCUCCGUGCAAGAUUUGGCGACGGGGCGAUAUCACAACCCGGAGGCUGGUUUAUGACCAUCGAGACGAUAAACCCUCCGAAGCUUAUACCUCUUACAAUUGGGUGUAUGCCAGUAAUGUUCACUGCCGUCGGAGAAGACCCGCUACCCCUCACGCCUGACAACCAUUAUUCAAACCCACGAAUUCCAGACCCAUGCGCGGAAGUGUCAUGGGAGCCAAUGACGUUCCCAACAGUCAACCAUAAUGUUUCCAUUCUUGAGGCCCUUCAGCCCAUCGCCAACGUUUGCUCAAUAAUAUACAUGCCGUACUGGACGAUCGUUGAGCUGGAAUAUAAUGAUGGCCGAGUUUAUGAAGCAAAAUCUCUACCAGGAACGGUUGGAAAUCGAACGACGCUUUAUCACCACGAGGAGACCCCAUGGCAUAAAAAGAUGAGCCAAAGAACACUAACUCGAACGUUCGAUCCUGCCCAACACCAGUCUGGAGCAUCUAUGGUGACUUCACCACAAGACCGAACAAACUACCUAAAAGAGUUCUCAUUUAUUAGCCCUGGCUGUCGACUAGAAUCAGGAUUCGGCACUGAAGGCUCUCUAUAUGAGAGAGUAAACGCCGGUACAUCAGCUGGAGUUAAGAUCCGGAAUCAUAACGGGACCGAGGUUCUUACGGUUUCACACCAUGGCUUCUUAGGUUCGAAUGAUGUCUUCCAUCCUACAGCGUCAGGGGAGAAGGUUGGGGAAGUGAUCGAUACAAGGCCUGAGCUUGAUAUUAGCCUUGUUAAGCUAACACCCGAGGCAUUAAGGACAUUCAAGAACGACUGUUAUUUCCAGGCAGAGACCCCAAGGGUACUUUUAAACGGGGCUGACAUUAAGCCAGGAAGCUGGGCAGAAGUAGAUGGGAUGUCCUCAGGUCUUAUUUCUCUAAUGGCUUAUGCACCAAAGUUCAUCAAGCCAAAGCGUCCUCCUGGGCAUCCUGACAUAAAAUACCGCCAUUGGAAGGUUGACACAGUCAGUGCAGUUUUUGGUGUCGUAAAUGCCAUUAUUUCUGACGGGAUGUGUGGGGCGCCAAUCGUUGAUUGCAAGACAGGUGGUGUACAGGGUUUUUUUCACUUGUCAGAUGGGCUCAACUGCUAUGCUGCCCAUUUGGAUGAUUUAGUUGCAGAAGGAUGGGAAAUUGCUUAG